UGAAUCAUACAAUUUAUUUAGUGUUUACGUGUCUCAGUGUCACAUUUUACUCUUCUGUAUCUAUGGUGCAAUGAAUAUAGCAACCCCAACCAACAAGUUUUUAUUCUCAUGUCUUAGGUAGAAACACAUUCUCCCUUGCCAUGUGCUGGAAUUUUAAGUUUUUUAAAUAAACCAAUUUGAUUGUAUCGUCUACUGUUAAAUUUAGCUACCUGAUGGCAAUAACUAAUGAGUAUUUUUGUUAAAAUGCUUAAAGAUUUUUUAUGACGACCAUAAAGUAAAACAUUAGUGCUGUAAAGUCAACGUGUCACUUGAUUGUCACUUUCUUAUCCCAAAGCAGGGUACGUUAUUCUCGUUUUCUUCUUGGAAAUAUUCCAGAACUCCACAUCCAUGUUGUACAGGCAUGCUUUCCCGGGUUUCGUGUUGGCGGCUAUGCUCAAUAAAAAAUAUGUUUUAUACGCUUUUCUUAAUUUCGCUAUGUGUCGUCCUUCUCGUAUGGAUGCUCGACGAAAUCCUCGACUUCACUGAAAAGACGCGCUCUUUAUUCUUAAUCAAAUUUAGCACUCAUAAACUCAUACCGGACACGAAAUACAUCCUCUCCUGGGAUCAUAAGUACCUUACUUCAAACGUGACGGACAGCUUUCAGAAGUUUAAUUGUCCAGUAAAUAAUUGUGUUUUCACUACAAACAAAGACUUGUUGAACCUCAGUGCGUUUGACGCAAUCGUCUUCGGUGAAAACAUUCUGACCUCCGUUAACAGACCGAGGGAGCGGAGCCCGCACCAGAUAUUCGUGUUCAUGUCGAACGAAUCGUCCUACAAGUACCCGGCGUGCGAGUUAUACAACGAUGAUUACUUCAACUGGACGUUCACGUAUCGUUUCGAUUCUGAUGUAUUGUGGAGGCCCUUCGUGGUGCGGGACCUCGCCGGCGACACCGUUGCACCCUCUGCGGAGGUGGUAUGGACAAUUCUUAGAAAUUUCGUUCCACUUAGAUCCAAUAUAAAAUCCACGUUGCGCAGUAAAAUGAGAGCAAUUGUUUGGAUUGUGGACGACUGCAGUUUUGCGGGCUAUGACUAUCUGCUGAGGUUGGAAAAACAUCUGUAUCACUUCGGUCUUAAACUAUACAAGCACAGACAUUUUAAAAAGAGCAGUCUCUAUUAUAGCGAUAUUUUGCCUCAAAAUUAUCAGUUUGUGCUGGGGUUUGAAAACUCGAUAGUCAAAGACUACGUGUCACAAAAGGUCAUGGAAGGUUACAGAAACUAUGCGGUGCCUGUCGUCUACGGUGGGGCCAAUUAUAGCAGGUUCCUUCCUCCGGGCUCCUACAUCAAUGCGCGCGAAACGCAUCCCUACAACCUAGCACAAGCCAUUUACGAGGCAACGAGGAGUCAGGAGGCAUACAAAAGUUACUUCAAAUGGAGGAACUAUUAUUCAAUAGAAGAAGAUCACUCCUCCCUGUGCGACCUGUGCGCGGCGUUGAACGGCGACAAAUCCAAGUAUGCUCCUGCAAAGAAAACAUUCAGGGUAUGGUGGAACUCUCCUCACAAUAUGCAUCGAUGUCUUCCUACAGAUUACUCUGAUGUAGAAAAACUUGAUAACUUAACUAUUCAGCAUCUUUAAAAAACCAAUACUUACCAAAACUUUUAGAAUAAAACUUAUUUUUUAUUUCUAUUAAAGUUUAGUUGCUAAA